ACCAUGUUUUAUCGAUAAGUCGAUGUAAUUUUACCAUCACUAAAUGCAUAACCAAACGUUUGGCAAAACUUAGCGCAGAAGAAGUAAAUAAAAAUAAACAGACAUUGUAUUCUUAACAAUGCGGUCACGUAGUAGAAGUCCAAGAAGGGACCGAUAUCAUGUGGGACGAGACAACGACAGGCCAGAGAGGCGGGACCGAGAACAGCGAAAGCCGGUAAUACAACGCCGAUCGUAUUCGAGGGAGCGUCCGAGGGAGCACACGCGAACUGAGAGACAAAAUGGACACGCAAGAUCAUCGCCGUCCCCGCGACUCGAAAGGCGCAAGUCAAAAGAAAGAGAGCAUCAACGUCGCCGACGCUCGCGCUCUUGUUCAUCAAGUAGCGACAGCAGUGACUCUGACAGCAGUAGUAGUUCUAGCUCGCAAAGACGUAGUCGCAGUCGCAGCCCUGUGCAAAAGAAAGACAAACAAGUUGAGCGCUGGCCCAAUGAUCGCUACAGAGAAAAUAACGAUAGAAGAGACAAUCCCUUUAAAGGCCGUGGACAGGAACGUAGUUUUAUCAACGAUCCGGCUGAACGCAGCCACCGAGCACCCUACCAUAGAGGCGGUGGUCAUCCCAAAGGCGACUCCAAAGCUGUCAGUGCUCGACGGGCUCAGCGUGUUCACAUUGGUGAAGAAGGCGUGCCAGAAAUAUGGGGCACAAGUCCAACACGUAAAAAAGACGAUGAUGUCAAGCUGGUUAAGAAAAAUAAAAAGAGCAAGAAGAGCAGCAAAAAAUCAAAAUCAAAGUCCAAAAAGAAAUCUAAAAAGUCAAAAAAGAAAAGAAAGAAGGAGUCCAGCAGCUCAUCAGAUAGCUCCAGUUCCAGCAGCGAGAGCUCGUCCAGUGAGGACAGUUCUGACAGCAGUGACAGCUCCGAUAGCGAGAGUGAGGAUGACGUGUGGCUGGAAAAGACUGCCGAUGGCGUGAAGGCCACGAAAAAAAAGAAAAGCAAAAAGACUGCGAGCACCAAAUCGAGCAAGAAGCACAAAAAGAAAAAGAAGAAGCGAAAGUCAGAUGAUGAAAAGCGUAAAAAGUCGUCAUCUGGCACGAGCAAAUCAAAAUCAAGUGCACCUAACAAUGACGAGGAUGUGGGCCCAUCGCUGCGCAGUGGCGGUGGCUUGAAUCAGAAAGACUUUGGACGCGCUUUACUGCCUGGUGAAGGUGCUGCCAUGGCUGCUUAUAUAGCUGAGGGCAAGCGCAUUCCACGUCGUGGAGAAAUAGGUCUCACAUCGGAUGAAAUAGCAAACUUCGAGUCCGUGGGCUAUGUAAUGAGCGGCAGUCGCCAUCGCCGCAUGGAAGCUGUGCGUAUACGAAAGGAAAAUCAACUUUACUCGGCAGAUGAGAAGCGUGCUCUGGCAAUGUUCAGCAAGGAGGAGCGGCAAAAGCGAGAAAAUAAAAUAUUAACACAGUUCAAAGAUAUGAUUCAAACAAAACUACAAGCUAAGGAUAAGAAAUAGAAUGAAAAAUGUAAAACCUACUUGUG